AUGAGAAAGAGGCUGCACGAAUGCCACCUUCGCUGGAACCUCUGCUCCUUCUCCAUCCGCGCUCAGGCGCAGGUGGCCAGAAAGGCUCUAGGGACCGAAUGGCCGGGACUUCACAUCCGUUGGGGUAUUGACCCCAUGUUCUUGCCGAUAUACAUGGUCCCGGAUGUGGAGAUUACUGUGCGCUUGUCGCUUCCCGAGGGCGAGCCUCGGAUGUCCACGGUCACUGCCCAUGUCGGCGGGCAUGAGUCCGUCGGCGACUUGAUCAUGUUCGAGUCGGAUUCCGAGCCGGCGGAGAACAUAUACGAUGCCUGA